CGCGCGCUUCUUGUAGGCAUGUUGUAGACUGAUUGUUGUAGGCGCUUGCGUGCUUGCGUUCUCAAACAGGUGUUCUGUGGUGAUAGGUGCUGAGCUCCGAGCGUGAGGCAAGGCCCUCCUUCCCUGCAUACCUCAGGCUACCGUGGGCGAUGGCGAAGAACACACUGUUAGCGUAUUUCAGCAAGAAACCGAGCCCGCCAGUGGUGAGCAGUGGGACUUCAGUGAAUGGCGGAGACAAAAGUUCGUCGCUGGAAGCAUCUAAAGUUGAUGCAGGGGUGUCGUGUCCUUACCGUCUUCACGACCUGGUUUGGGCCAAGCUGGAAGGCUACCCCUACUGGCCAGCCAUGGUGUCGGCACCUCCUGGAGAGGGUGCCUUUGUCAAGAAACAUGCCACGCAACCAUCGGUGCAUGUCCAAUUCUUUGACUCAUCCCCAUCUCGAGCAUGGGUCAAGCUCAGGCUAACUAAGCCAUUCACGGGAGUGGGGGACCCAGCUGCCCAUUCUUCCGAUCCCCGCUGGACCCGUGGUGUGUCAGAGGCAGAGAAGGCUCUCGCCCUGGACCCCGGUGACCGUGUGGCCCUGCUCCCUGUGACUGAUGGCUCAGCUGCAGGCAACAGCACUGAUGAAGAGGAUGAACAGCCGUCCCCGAAGAGGCGGCGCCUGAUCUCGGACAGCAGCUCUGAGGAUGAGUUCCAGCCGGGUAAAAAUGAGGAUGGAAGCGAUUCAGACUCGGCCAGCAGUGGCGUGGACGAGAACACUAUCUCGGACCUCGAACCCGAGUCACCUGAAAAGAGCCCGCCGAGCAAGCGUCCAGCCUCCAAGUCGCCUGCAGUCCGGAAGCUGGCAUCACCCAAGGCCAAGCCUGCUGCCAUGGUGGUGGCAACUAGCGGGACGUGGGCACACCUCUCGUACGACUUCCUCAAGGAGGGCAAGCGCAGGGAUGCUGCUGGUCGCCUGGCUACCCACCCGGAUUUCAAUCCACACACGUUGCAUGUCCCAGAAAGUGUCAAGGAGAAGCUGACUCCGGCCAUGCGUCAGUGGUGGGAGAUGAAGGCAAAACAUUUUGAUGUGAUCCUCUUCUUCAAGGUGGGCAAGUUCUACGAACUGUACCACAUGGAUGCAGUCACUGGAGUGGAAGAACUUGGCUUGGUCUUUAUGAAGGGUGAUUUUGCGCACUCUGGCUUCCCUGAAAUUGCGUACGGCCGAUACUCGGAGGCCCUCAUCCAGAAGGGCUACAAAGUGGCACGGGUGGAGCAGACCGAGACCCCCCAAAUGAUGGAGGAACGGUGUCGCAAGAUGCACCGUCCCAGCAAGUUUGACCGGGUGGUUCGGCGUGAGAUCUGCCGCAUCACGUGUCGGGCGACGCGGACCUUUGGACCUCAGGAUGGCCAGCUGUGUAACCCUGAGCCAGCCUACCUGCUUGCUAUUGUGCACUCCCAGGCAUCAACCAGCAUGGACUUCGGCAUAUGCUUUGUUGACACCUCCGUAGGCAAGUUUCAUCUUGGCCAGUUCAGGGACGACCACUUCUGCUCCAAGCUACGUACAGCUGUGUCCCACCAUCCACCUGUUCAUGUGCUGUACGAGAGUGACCCAAUGCUGCCCACUGGACUCCGUCAAGUGCUCGAGGGUCCUCUGCACGCAGUCUCCCGGCAGGCGCUGCGGCCUGGUAAGGAGCUUUGGGAUGUGCCGCUGACGCUGCGCCAUCUUCGUGAGGGUGCCUACUUUGGCAAGGAGUAUCCAAGUGCCUUGCAGUCCUUCCUGGACCCAGGGGACCCCACAUACCUGACUCCGCAAGAGGACGGCUGUCUUGCUCUGAAGGCAUUGGGUGCCUGCAUUUGGUAUCUGUCCGAGUCUCUGAUCGAGGAAGAGGUUCUGACAAUGCGCAGCUUCGAGAAGUAUGUGCCACCUCAGGCCAAUCAAGCCACACCAGACCUCAACAGCUUGAUCCUGGAUGGUGUGAGCCUACAAAAUCUGGAGGUGCUGCGAAAUCCAUCUGGUGGCACAGAGGGAACCCUGCUUUCAACCAUGGACUUCUGCUGCACCCCAUUUGGCAAGCGGCUGUUCCAGCAGUGGCUGUGCUCCCCUCCAUGCCAAGUGGACGUGAUUGAGGACCGGCAGCGGGCAGUCGACGACCUGCUGCGCUUCCCUCAUGAGGUUCAGCAGACGCGUGAGCUGCUGCGCUCAUUGCCAGACCUCGAGAGGCUGCUCGCCAGGAUUCACAGCCAGGGUUUGGCACGCAAGAGUUCUUCCCACCCGGACCAGCGCGCCAUCCUGUACGAGGACACAGCAUACAACAAGCGCAAGAUUGCCAAUCUGCUCCAGGCGCUGCAAGGGUUCCAAAAGGCCACACAGGUGGCACCACUCUGGGUGGAUGUGCUACCAUCGCUGACGUCGCAAGUGCUGACAAUGUGCCUCUCUGUCGGCAGUGAGGCAGGCCAGUUCCCUGACUUGGCAGACUCGCUCAAGUUUUUUGAGAAUGCUUUUGACCAUGAGCAAGCACGGAAGGAGGGCCGCGUGACACCUAUGGCUGGCGUGGAUGACGACUAUGAUCAGGCCAUGCAGAGCAUCAAGGAGGCCAACAAGGCCCUGCAGGACUACCUGGGCCAACAAAGCCGCCACUUCCACUGCAAGGCCUCCUUUGUGGGCUCAGGCAAGAACCGCUUCCAGAUCGAGGUGCCCGAGUCCUGUGCCCGGCUUGCUGACUCUUCCUACCAGCUACAGGGACAGCGCAAGGGCUUCAGACGGUACUACACUGAGGAGGUGAAGCGGCUUGUGGCAGACCUAGUCUCUGCUGAGGAGGCCCAGGAGACAGCCGUCAAGGACAUCAUGCGCCGCAUCUUUGAACACUUUGACCGCAGGCGAACCCAAUGGGAGGCAGCCAUCCACUGCCUGGCCCUGCUGGAUGGCCUCCUGUCGCUGGCACACUACAGUGGCUCGCUCACUGAUGCCUCUUGCACACCACGCUUUCUGCCAUGCCAGGCACAGCCGUUCCUGCUGGUCAAGGCGGGACGCCAUCCUUGCCUGCUCGAGCACCUGGGCGCGGCCGCCCUCAUCCCCAAUGAUUUGUCCUUGGGAGGAGGCAAGGCUCCUGUGCUGAGCCUCCUCACGGGACCAAACAUGGGCGGCAAGUCCACUCUCAUGCGCCAAGCUGGCCUGCUUGUGAUCAUCGCCCACAUGGGAGCUCGUGUGCCAGCAGAUGCCUGUGAACUCACCCCUGUUGACCGCAUCUUCACUCGGUUGGGAGCAAGUGACAGAAUCACUUCUGGGGAGAGCACCUUCUUUGUGGAAGUGAACGAGACUUCGGCGAUCUUGCGGCAUGCCAGCCAACACUCCCUGGUGUUACUCGACGAACUAGGCCGGGGCACCUCCACGCACGAUGGCAUGGCCUUGGCGCAUGCCGUGGUCCAGGAGCUGGCAUCGGCCAUCUGCUGUUGCACGCUGUUCUCCACCCACUACCACCACCUGGUGGAGGGCUUCCGGCUCCACCCGGCUGUGCAGCUAGCACACAUGGCAUGCAUGGUGGAAGACGAAAAUGCAGAGGACCCCACGCAGGAAACCAUUGUGUUCCUCUACAAGUGUGUGCCAGGCCCCUGCCCCAAGAGCUACGGCUUCAAUGCUGCCAAGUUGGCAGGCAUUCCACAGCAGGUUAUCAGAAGAGCCUUCGAGAAAUCCCAUCGUCUUCAAGAGCGUGUUCAGGUGGCUUGUGUUUGCUGAGCUACAUCGACCAUGAUACCUUCAAUUCAUUCUUUUUCUAAUAAAGUGAUACACAAUUGCUUCACAAA